AUGUCAGCUGUCAAUGACACCAAGUUCAAUUCUGCAGUGUUCCUUCUCACUGGGAUACCUGGCCAGGAAAACGUCCAUCUCUGGAUCUCUAUCCCCUUCUGCUUAAUUUAUGUUACUUCAAUAGUAGGAAAUUCAGUCGUUCUGUUCAUUAUAAAAACUGAUUCAAAGCUCCAUGAGCCCAGAAAACAGAAGGGUUCUAUGUACAUUUUCCUUUCCAUGUUGACCAUCACAGACCUUGGCAUAUUGAUAUCCACCAUGCCGACAAUACUGGGCAUAUACUUGUUUAACUCUAUGGAGAUCAGCUUCGAAGCCUGUUUUGCCCAGCUGUUCUUCAUCCACUCUCUUCAAUUAAAUGAAUCCUCCAUGCUCUUGUUGAUGGCCUUUGACCGCUUCGUCGCUAUCUGUAACCCACUGAGAUAUUCUUCCCUCUUAACCCUGCAGACAAUAGACAAUAUGGGACUGGUAUUUGUGCUAAGAAAUUUGGCUGUAAUAUUCCCACUCCCAUUUCUACUGAAAAGGUUCCGAUACUGUCGAGCCAAUGUCCUCUCCCAUUCCUACUGCCUGCAUCAAGAGGUCAUGAAGAUGGCUUGCUCGGAUAUCACAGUGAACAGCAUCUACGGGUUGUUUAUUACACUCUUAACAGUGGGAUUGGACUCGCUGCUCAUCUUCCUCUCUUAUGUGAUGAUCCUCAAAACAGCACUGAGCAUUGCGUCCAAUGCAGGGUGCCUCAAGGCCCUGAACACCUGCGUCUCCCACCUCUGCGCCGUCCUGCUCUUCUACACACCAAUGAUCGGCCUGUCUGUGAUACACAGAUUUGGAAAGGGCUCAUCUCCCUUGCUUCAAACUGUCCUGGGAUACAUCUCCCUGCUGGUCCCACCCCUGAUUAAUCCAAUCGUGUACAGCAUGAAAUGCAGACACCUGCGUGUGGGGAUAAUCAGGGCAUUCUUCAAGUGCAGGUUCAGUUCAUGA